AUGACCCUGACAUGUGUACAGAUCUGGAGUCAAAAAGUUGCUGUGCGGGCAGACAAAGGGCAUACCUCUGCGGCGGAUCCGGCCUUUCCGCAUAUAAUAAGACCCGUACCGUCGAGGCAUCCAUCACCUGCGUUUUUCUUUUUCCUCAUCAAUCUCCAUUUUUUCUCCUUCCGCCCCUCUCUCCUCCGCUUACGACAACCACUUACCUUGGAGACGACAGUCCUUGCCUUGACCAUGAAGAGUUCAGUCGCUUCACUGCUGGUCGCCCUCACCUCUGCAACGACGUCUGCCUAUGGCUUGGAGCUCGAGUUUCAACGACGUUCAAUUAUGGUGGGAUCGCAGUCCACCGAUAAUCGGUUUGACCUGCUGAAAACGUUGGGAGGGAAAGAUGCGACGUCAAGUUCAACUUCAAAUGUUACGAAUAUUCAAAACACGAGAUACACGACGAACAUUGUGUUAAAUGGCAAACAGGUUCUUGUCGCGUUAGACACAGGGAGCACAGAUCUCUGGGUUGCCCCGACGGUUGACAUCGGCAGCUUCAAUGACUCUGGCAUACCGCUGGAGCUUCUUUAUGGCGAUGGCUCAUAUGGUGUCAGCGGGACGAUCGGCGUUGCACCAUUUAAACUGGGAACGUACGAUGUACCACAACAAGCGUUCCUUCGUGCCACCAAAGGAUCUGUGUCAGGAAUCACGGAUAUUGGGGUAUCGGGUCUGCUCGGUUUGAGCUUUGACUUUGUCUCCGCUUCUCCCAUCAACGCCCACAUCAAAUCGAUCUAUGGAACUGACGCAACGUGGGGACGUUCCGUUCUCAAGAACAUCUUCAGUCAAAACGCCUCUCAGCCCAACUUUAUCGCCAUCGAUCUCGCACGGACGGAUGACUUGGAGGAGACGGCCGGUGGGGCGUUCUCGAUCGGCGAAUACGCACCGAAAUACGUUGCCAUUGCCAACUCUCCGAAACUCACCCAGUUCCCCAAGAACGGCGAUAGGUGGACUACCUUGCUUGAGAGUGUUCACGUUAAUGGAGCUGCUAUUGCUCUCAAAUCGAAGAUCCAGGGUGUGCUUUCGGGAACCUCCCAAGCUCUCCUCGACACCGGCGACCCGGCUGCGAUUCUGCCAACAUACCUCUUCGAUGCAAUCUACUCUCAAAUCCCGGGCGCAGUGGCUUAUGACGAGGGCAGCACUCACCUUUAUAUCCUUCCUUGCAACACUACCCAAUCAGUUUCGCUCUUCUUUGGUGGCAAGGAGUACCCCAUCCAUCCUCUGGACUUGUCAACGAUCACCCAACCGCUGGAGAUCGAUGGUAAGCAAUACGUCGCCUGCGCAUCGUCUUUCAUGGCCGCGGACAACUGGGCCGGCGAUGCUUAUGAGGUAUCCUUGGGUGAUGCUUUCCUGCGCAACGUCUACACCGUCUUUGAUUUUGGCGACACUGGCACGGAUGGCAGCACUGACGAACCAUACAUGAAGCUCUUUGCCAAGACGGACCCAGUGAAAGCUGCCAGCCAAGUCGCAACUAUUCGUGGCAAGACAAUGGCUGGCAUGCCACCGGAGAUCGCCCCCUCAACCCUUAUCAAGCUAAUUAAUGGUGGCGCUGUUGCAGCUGCGGGUUCAUCGGCCAACUCAACUAAAUCGGCUUCCAAUCUCGAUGCGUCUGUGCUGUCGGUGUCGGGCGAAACAAUUGCGAAAUAUGGACUCAUCGCCGUCCUCCUCCUUAGUGCCAACGUUAUCAUUGGACUUGCGCUCCUCGUCUUCGCCAUUUUGAACUGCGUUCGAAGAGAGUCAUCAAAGUCUGUGUCAAGGGCUGCCCCUCAAUACAUUCCGGUGAAAGUGAGAGAUGAGGAGUCGGCCUACUCAACUCCAUAUCAUGAUCAAAGCAAAUAUUCACAGUAA